AGAAAGAUCCAGAGCUGCUCCGAGUGCAAAGUGUAAACACGCAGACCAAUGUUCAACCAAAAUGGGCUAUGAUGUUCUGAUUUUUGUACCAAAUGUGAUCGGAUAUGUUAGACUGAUCCUGUUUGGAGCCAGCAUUCCUUUUUUUGAACAGCCAGUUUGGUUUUUGACACUCUAUGGAAUAUCUGUUUCCCUUGAUGGUUUUGAUGGAUACUUUGCACGGAAGCUAAAUCAGACAUCAAAAUUUGGAGCAUGGUUUGAUGUUGUCAUUGAUUUAGUUAGCAGAGGAGGGCUUUGGUGUAUGCUUUACAAAUAUGGAUAUUUUAUAAUACUGGUGGAAUGGCUUACUUUUCUUGCAACACAUUCAAGAGGGCCUGAUUGGAAAACUACAGAUGAAGAAUUUCCCUAUCUAUGCAAACUUGUAAUGGCAAAAGGUUUUAGGACCCCACUUGGAGUAAUUGCUAUAUCUGGGGUCCAUGGGUUACCUAUUGCUUUGUAUUGCCAGCAGUUUUCUUUUAUGGCACCUGCAAUAUUGAACACAAUUAUCCUGAUCCUCAUUCUUGGGAGAAUCCUGGCCUUAAGAGUAGAGGUCUUCUACAUUCAGUGUCAUCUAAAAAACUUGCUACUGAGUGAAGAAAAUUCUCAACCAGUAAAUACAGAUUAAAAGAUCAAUGCAACUUCCCCACUCCAAAGAAUAUCACAUACUGCUGCUUUACUUGUUUUAAUUAAGUGCAAUUUGAUAUCAAUUUUUAUUACCAGUAAUUUGAUUCACCAACAUAUACUAAUUAAAUAAGUAUUUUUCUAUAACUUUCUCCACAAAAUUUACAUGUAAUUUGUGAGCACUGCUUUAUAAGAAUUACAAGUUUUUCUGAUAAAAAUGUACCCUGUUCAUGUAUAGAUUACUUAGGUUUUUUUUAGAUAUACAUGGUAUAUUGAUCAAUCAAACUUAAUAAUGUGUUUUAUUAUAUUCUCUAGUCAAAAUCUUAUACACUGUAUACAGGGUCAAGCAAAUGAUGAAAUUAUUCGACUUCACUAGCAUUUGCUCCAUUGAAUGAAAGAAUGUGCAGUGUUCUAUGAUAUCCAAAAUACCUCAGCAUUCAAUGUAUAGGGUAAAUUUGGUGACCCUUGACAUUGUUUCUGAUAUGGUCAUCUGUUCAAAAUUUGAGUCUAAAAAUGAUGUUAUCCUUUAUGUGCAAAUAUUUGUAUACCCGGUAAUUAUUCAAUUUAUUAAACUGGCCUGUGCACUGUUUACAUUUUGUAUUAAGUACCUAUGACAUUCAUCAGGGUAAUUAUUUUUUUUUAAUAAAAUAUCAAACUUUGCAUUAAAUGACUCAUGAUAGUUGCAUUGUCUUCCACUCAUGUUUUAUUAUACAUGUAAUGUUAUCUUUUUGUUGAAGUUUUAUAUUAUAACUGUUGAAGUCAGUUUUAUUGUCUUUUAUAACAAGAGUUUUUACUGUGUAAUUUUAGUGUUUUGAUUCAGUUUUCACUUGUGGUGUACUGCACAUUUCACCAAAGUACCGGUAGUGUAAAAAGUAUUUGUUUUAAUACAUUUUUGGUGUACUACACUUUUUACCAUACCAGUGUAAUAUUAAUGUUUUGAUACAGUUUUGGAGUUCUGCACUACACUUUUACCAUACUAGUGUAAAGGACUAUGUGCGGUUUUAUGCAUUUUUUGCCCCCAAAAUCAAAGUUUUAGAAAGAGCUUUAAAAAUAGAUGAAAGAUACUUAAAAUCAUAUUGGAAAUAAAGGUAUAAAAGGUUAUCACCACAGUGACGUCAUAAUGUAGAAAUUACGUCAUGAAGAUUGCAUUAUUUUGAUAAAUUGAUCCAUCAUGGUCCUGUAUAUCCUCGACUUGUCCAUGUAAAGAAGCUGACGAAAUUUUGUGAAUAUAUGAAAUUUUCAGUAAGCAUAUUAUAAACAAAAAUGCAGUGGCUAAAAAAUCGCAAUGGUUUUCCUAUUAAAAAGGACUAUGUGCAGUAUUAUUCAUUUUUUGCCCCCCAAAUUAAUGUUUUAUAACAAGUUUUAAAAAAAAGGUGGAAGAUAGUUGAAGUCAUAUUGAAAAUAAGUUUGUAAAAGAUUAUCACCACAGUGACGUCAUAAUGUAGAAAUUAUGUCAUGAAGAUUGUCUUAUUUUGAUAAAUUGAUGUUUUGUAGCAAAAAAUGGGUGUUUUCCGAUAACUUUUUGACUGGGAAACAUCGAGCGCAGGCUUGCUCAAGUACCAUUUUUUAGUAUAAUGUGUGAAACUAUAUGAAGAAAAACAUAUGUUAAAAUCACACUUGAGCAGACCUGUGCUCUAUACUUCCAAAUGCAAAAUACAGAACAAAAAUGAGAAUAUUUUCCUUGUUUUGCAAAUUUGCGGGAAUUAGGUCAUCUCGGUGACGUCAUAGAUAAACAGCGAAUGAGCAAAUGAUGACUAAAAUCAAGAUAAAAGUUAUAGGCAUCCUUUAUACAAUAAUUUGUGAAGAUUUUAUUUUUAAAUGAUACUAUUUAAAAAUUGGUUGAAAUCGGGGGCAGUUAUUUGACCAUACCGCACAUGGUCCUUUGUGUUUUGAUACAGUUUUUGGUGUACUACACUUUUUAUCAUUCCAGUGUAAUAUUUGCGUUUUGAUACAGUUUAGGUGUUCUGCACAUUUGACAAGUUAUUAAGUGUAGCAUAAGUGUGUUUUAAUAAUUUUAGUGUAGCUAGUGCACAUACUAACAUAGAUUUUCAUUAUUUAGACAUAUUGAGUUUUUCAGCCAAAAUGCCUGCUUCAGACAAAGUUUUUAAGUGUGUGGGUUUAUUACUCUUUCCAGUAAGAACAUCUUUUACAUUCCUACACUCCUUAUAUAUGUGACUCUUGGUCAAAAGUUCUUGUUAUGAACCUCUAGCAGCCUAGAGUAGUUGUUUUAUAUAUAUGUACAUUCUAAAUUUAUUUUGAUGUGAUGAAAUAUCUACAAAAUACAAUUUAAUCACUCCCACCAUGACAAAAAAAGUUUUCACUGUGAUAUUUAUAUUAUCUUUGUAAGUCAUAAGGAUUUUAAACAAGUUUGUUACACAUGUAAUAUAUUUUUACGUGUACAUAUUUCUUGUCUAUAUCAAAUGUUUAAUUUGUAUUAUUGAUGAACUUCAAUCAAAUUUCAAUUUUUAGUUAACACCUUAUGUUAAAUUUUUUUAUUCAGGAGGUAUAUUUUUACAAAACAUUCAAUUGCUACAAAAUGAAUACAUAUACAAAUGUGCGAAUAUUUGGUGGGAUUUCAUUUUCUUCUUGCAACUUAAAUUGUUUAGACCCUUUUUGAGAAUUUUUUUUUUCUCUGAAUGAUCUGGGCCCACUAGUUCUAUUUUAAAAAUUUCCUUGUUUCAUGUGUUACAGACAUACAUAUUUCAGUAGUGAUUUAAAUCUGAUCAAAGCCCAUUUUCUUUACAAUUCCUGGAAAUUGGAUGCACAUGUAUAUAUAUCUUUAGACAAUAUUUUCUAUCAUAUACUUAGUAUUUAGAAUUGGCUAAAAGCCACACUAAACGUAUGCGUAUUGAGUUAUAUGCAUAGUUUUAGUAUGACAUUUUAUUAGAUACAUUGCUAAGAUUCCAUUACCAGUAUAUAGGGUACUUUUAUAUUACAUGUACAAGUAUUAUACAGAUAAAUACAGGGUAUUAAUAUAUCCUUGUGACAAUCAUUUACUCAAAUAUUCUGUGAUCCUUGAUUAAUUUUUGUUGAUUAUUUUUGUUAUUUUACAAUUUUCUAGUUCUUGUGAUUUAUGCAUGCCUGGUUUCUAAUUAAUAUAUGAACCUUGUUCGUGAAUAUUUGUUAAGGUGGGUUUUUUUCAUUCAGAAUCUGAAUUCAUGGUCAGGUGUCAAAAUUUACAUAAAUCAGUUAUUAUGUGACAUGUUGGAAAGUGUUUACAAUAAUUGAUAGACUGUGGAAAUACUUUUACUUUGUAUAUAAGGAAGGAAAAUAUUGACAUUCCGUAACAAUGUGAUAAAUUUUUACAAAAGA